AUGAAAUUUUAUAUAUCACUCUUUGUAAUUAUAUUUUCUUUCCUAUCCGGCUUCCGCACCAUAGGUCUUAAGGGCAUGAAACAAAAAACAACAACACUAGAAAUAAGUACCAAUAAUAACAAUGGAUUAGCUAAAUUAAAUAAAUCUUUAUCACAUGUUCAACCACACCGUAAUUCUUCUCAACGAUUUAAUUGUAAAUGCAAAUAUGUUUAUGAAGAUGGAACCCAGGAGGGCAACGUUGUAGAAGGAUAA